GUGUAUCUUUCUGAACCGCUGUCAUUUUUAUCAUCAACACUGCCUCCGUUAUCGCUCCCGUCUCGUUCAUCAUCAGCACCGCGGAGAACGUCUCUUUCCCUGCCGGUCAUUUUGGACGCCUUUACCCUGCAGAAGCAUGAGCGUGGAGGCGUAUGGGCCCAGCUCGCAGACGCUCACCUUCCUGGACACGGAGGAGACCGAGUUGCUGGGAGCGGACACGCAGGGAUCCCAGUUCGACUUCACGGAUUUCACGCUUCCGAGCCAGACCCAGACGCAAGGCCAGACGCAAAGCCAACUCGACUGUCAGGUGAAUGUUCCGGAUGGAGUGCUAGUGAAUGGAGAUGACCCUGUGCUAAAGGCCACUCAGCUGCUGGCAGAGCUCAACUUUGAGGAAGACGAAGAGGAUGCAUUUUACAGCAAAGACCUGCCUGUGCACGCAUGCAGUUACUGUGGGAUCCAUGAUCCAGCCUGUGUGGUUUACUGUAACACCAGCAAGAAGUGGUUUUGUAAUGGCCGAGGGAACACAUCUGGAAGCCACAUUGUGAAUCAUCUGGUGAGGGCAAAGUCCAAGGAGGUGACCCUUCACAAAGACGGCCCCCUCGGAGAGACGGUCCUGGAAUGCUACAACUGCGGGUGUCGGAAUGUUUUCCUCCUCGGCUUCAUCCCAGCCAAAGCGGAUUCUGUCGUGGUGUUACUCUGCAGGCAGCCGUGUGCAAGCCAGAGCAGCCUGAAGGACAUAAAGUGGGACAGCUCUCAGUGGCAGCCGCUGAUCCAGGACCGCUGCUUCCUGUCGUGGCUCGUAAAGAUCCCGUCUGAGCACGAGCAGCUAAGGGCCAGGCAGAUCACAGCACAGCAGAUCAACAAACUGGAGGAGCUCUGGAAGGAAAAUCCCAGUGCGACUCUGGAGGACUUGGAGAAGCCCGGAGUGGAUGAGGAGCCCCAACAUGUGCUGCUGCGGUAUGAGGAUGCGUACCAGUACCAGAACGUCUUUGGGCCACUGGUCAAACUAGAGGCGGACUACGAUAAGAAGCUUAAGGAGUCCCAGACUCAAGACAACAUUACAGUCAGAUGGGACUUGGGACUGAAUAAAAAGAGGAUUGCUUAUUUUACGCUCCCAAAAACGGAUUCAGACAUGCGAUUGAUGCAGGGAGAUGAGAUUUGUCUGAGAUACAAAGGAGACUUGGCUCCACCGUGGAAGGGCAUCGGGCACGUCAUCAAAGUGCCUGACAACUAUGGAGAUGAGAUUGCCAUUGAACUCAGAAGCAGUGCAGGGGCUCCAGUUGAAAUUCCACACAACUUCCAAGUGGACUUUGUAUGGAAGUCUACAUCCUUCGACAGAAUGCAGAGUGCCCUGAAGACGUUUGCUGUGGAUGAGACGUCAGUCUCUGGGUACAUUUAUCACAAACUGUUGGGACACGAGGUGGAGGACGUGGUCAUCAAGUGUCAGCUGCCCAAACGCUUCACUGCCCAGGGGCUGCCAGACCUCAACCACUCCCAGGUUUAUGCAGUAAAGACAGUGCUACAGCGCCCACUGAGUCUGAUCCAAGGACCACCAGGCACAGGAAAAACGGUCACCUCUGCCACUAUAGUGUACCACCUCGCUCGACAAGGCAACGGACCAGUGUUGGUGUGUGCUCCCAGUAAUAUCGCAGUAGACCAACUAACCGAGAAGAUCCAUCAAACUGGACUCAAAGUGGUGCGACUGUGUGCGAAGAGCAGAGAGGCCAUAGACUCCCCCGUGUCCUUCCUGGCUCUGCACAACCAGACCAGGAACAUGGACAGCAUGCCUGAACUGCAGAAGCUGCAGCAGCUAAAGGAUGAGACUGGGGAGCUGUCCUCCUCCGAUGAGAAGCGCUACCGAGCUCUGAGGCGCACUGCUGAGAGGGAACUGCUCAUGAAUGCUGAUGUGAUCUGCUGCACGUGUGUUGGGGCUGGAGAUCCUCGUUUGGCCAAAAUGCAGUUCCGCUCCAUUCUGAUAGAUGAGAGCACACAGGCCACUGAACCGGAGUGCAUGGUCCCUGUGGUACUCGGCGCCAAGCAGUUGAUCCUGGUGGGUGAUCACUGUCAGCUGGGCCCUGUGGUGAUGUGUAAGAAGGCAGCUAAAGCGGGCCUGUCCCAGUCUCUGUUUGAGCGUCUGGUCGUGUUGGGGAUCAGACCCAUCCGGCUCCAGGUGCAGUACAGGAUGCACCCGGCUCUCAGCGCCUUCCCCUCCAACAUCUUCUAUGAGGGCUCUCUGCAGAAUGGAGUCACUGCUGCUGACCGGAUGAAAAAAGGCUUUGACUUCCAAUGGCCACAGCCUGACAAGCCAAUGUUCUUCUACGUCACUCAGGGGCAAGAAGAAAUCGCCAGCUCAGGAACCUCCUAUCUCAACAGAACUGAGGCAGCCAACGUAGAAAAGAUAACCACUCGACUGCUGAAAGGAGGAGCCAAACCGGACCAGAUUGGAGUCAUCACGCCGUACGAGGGUCAGAGGUCAUACCUGGUCCAGUACAUGCAGUUUAGUGGAUCACUGCACACCAAGCUCUACCAGGAGGUGGAGAUUGCCAGUGUAGAUGCGUUCCAAGGCAGAGAGAAGGAUUUCAUCAUCCUGUCAUGUGUCCGGGCCAAUGAGCACCAAGGCAUCGGCUUCCUGAAUGACCCCAGACGCCUCAAUGUGGCUCUCACCCGUGCACGAUAUGGUGUCAUCAUCGUGGGAAACCCCAAAGCCUUGUCCAAGCAGCCGCUGUGGAACCAUCUGCUCAACUACUACAAGGAGCAGAAGGUGUUGGUGGAGGGACCCCUGAACAACCUCAGAGAGAGCCUCAUGCAAUUCAGCAAACCCCGCAAACUGGUCAACACCAUCAACCCGGGGGGUCGCUUCAUGAGCACUGCCAUGUAUGAUGCCAGAGAGGCCCUCAUCCCCGGAUCUGCCUACGACCGUAGCAGCAAUGGGCGCUCCAGCCUGUACUUUCAGACUCAUGAUCAGAUCGGGAUGAUCGGCUCUGGAGCGAACCCUCUGGCCUCUCUGAACAUCCCCAUUCCCUUCAACCUGGUGAUGCCCCCCCUUCCCCCACCGGGAUACCUGGGCCAGGUGAACGGCCCCUCGGCAGGUCGCGGAGGCCUCAAGGGAAAGUCCGGGGGUGGAGGAGGUCGAGGGGGCAGGCACAGGGGCAGGAACAUGGGUAGCAGUGGUGGAGGGGGGGGCCGCGGAGGGCACAGUCAGGACCUGGGCUCUCAGUGCUGCUCCCAAGGCCCUCUCACACAGACUCCUCUCACACAGAGCUACAUGAGCCAACACUCCCACAUGAGCCAGCCCGGACUGUCCCAGGCCGAGCUCUCACAGGACAGUUACCUUGGAGACGAGUUCAAAUCUCAGAUGGAUGUGGCUCUAUCCCAAGACUCCACCUAUCAGGGGGAGCGAGCCUACCAACAUGGGGUGACUGGACUGUCCCAGUAUUAGACUGUUACUAGAAGGAGCUAGGCCUAUGUUCUGCUUAGUUCGACGGUUUUAACGUGGGUGAAGGCAAAAAAGAACCAACAUGGAUACCCGUUUUUCCACUGCUACAACCGAAGCACCACUGUGUGAAAAAAGGAAAGAGCGCGAGAAUCCGACCAAUCACAAGCCAGGGGAUCGUGAGCCGAGGUAGACAAGAUGGCCGACCUGAGACGCGACGGGGAGAGCCAGGACCGCCCAGGCACAGCGGCGCACGGAGGGGAUGCGCCACACCACACGCUCCCGCACCCGAGGAUCUUACAGCAGGAUAGUUGGGAUUCUUGCCCCGAAAGCCGGAAAAAGAGGAGAUAUCUCACGCUAUUGUCCUCCAAAGAGACUCUACAGGACGAAUUCUGUGACUUGGAGAGAGGAGCGGACACAACUCUUGAAGCGUUUGAAAAUACUAACUUUCCUUUCAAACUCAGAGCUUACAUACGAAGCAUUUUGGUCACAGUUGAGCAAAAAUGUGUGUCCAAGAAAUGGCUGCCUCUAAGUGAAGAGAGGUGAACGCAGCUUUUAAGUGUAUUAAUGUUGCUAGAGAGCAUGCAAAUAACUCAGACCAGCUUAGAUUUGCACAUUUGAAAAGAAAUGUACAUGUUCACUUGUUCUUUUAUCCAUUUACAUUUUUGGUUUGACACAAAUUUUCUUUUUAGUUUGUUGUUUAUUCCAGAACAAGCUUUUUCUUUCUUGCUUUCUUUCUUUAGCCCCAAAUACAAAUAUAGAUUUUGAACUUGCCACUUGACCACACCACUGUAGGUCAGUGGUGAGGUCUAUAUUAAAAGUCACUUGUUUGUUGGGGGAUUGUGUUAAUACAUUUGAAUUUAAUGCAAAACUUAAUUAUAAAUCUGUUCAUUCAGAAAUACAUAGUUGUAGUGUUUUAGACAUUAGAACUUGACUUGUAUUUUCAACUGGGCAAUAUGGUUACAGCAGAUUGAAUUGUGAGUCCAACCCUGUAGCGAUCUGAUUUGGAAAAAUUGACACAUUCUGAAUAACUUCAUGCUCAAACACAGAAACAUUUCUCCAUCACCUCUGCAAUGCUUUGAAUGAUUGACAGCUGGACUUAACCAAUCGCAGUGACACGUGAACGAUAAGACGCAGGUGACUUUAAUCGCUACAAAGCAAUAUAAAGAUGCUAAGAAAGCAUGAAUCCUAAUCAAAUCGAAAUCGUAAUCUGGCUUCACAAUGGAUAUUAUUGUGAUAUUGAUUUUUUGGCAUAUCACCCACCUCUAUUCUCAUCCCACUUUCUUGCAUGAAAAUACAUGUCACCAUAUCCUCCUGAGUAACUUGGGCAGCGUACAGUGAGUAUUGCAGUAUAAUAUAUCAUUCUAAACCAGCUCUAUUUUAUUUCCCACAAAGGCAAUGGUUAACAGAAAUGUUGUUCAGAUCUUUUCAUUUUGUUGUUUUCAAAUAGUAGUGUGUGUUUAAGAGACAUUAAUGAACCCUGGAAUGGUGAGCAUUGUUUUAGUUUCAGUCUUGUUCCCUGUCACUCUGUAUGAUUUCAUAUAUACACCAGUCAAAAGUUUUGAUACACUUUUUCAUUUCACACUUGUUUAUUUCCAUGAUUAUUUCCAUUGUAGAUUCUCACUGAAUGCAUCAAAAUUAUGAGUGACACAUAUGGCAUCUACUAUAGUAAACAAAACAACAGUAACAACACAACCUGAACCUUGCUUUUGGCACUUGCCCUUUCUCGACCCUGACAAGGCACAACUGUUGAGUUUUCACUUUUUUCCUUUGCUCUAUACAUCUUGCACUGUAUAUAUCUGUAUGUAUCUAAAAUGUAGAAAGUAGUAAACGUAAAGAAAAAAAAAAUACAUUGAAUGAGAGGGUGUGUCCAAACGUUUGACUGGUGGUGUAUAUGUUUCCAUUGUUCUAGUGCAUAUUAUUAACCUUCCUCACAUGCUUUUGUCCUUUCUCUAAUAGAAAUCAUGCCCCACCUUUAUAUGUUAAGUUAUGCUUUUGGUUUUGCUUUGCUUUGUUUGCAGAUUGAUUGACAUGAACUUUCUCAUGUUGUUCACCCUCACAUUUAAUCAUCAUCGUCAUUAUUAGUGCUUGUGGUCAUUAAACUUUGUGUCUUGAGAAUUAAAACGUUCUUUCUUCUA